CUAUAUAACAAAUAAUUUGAGGGAAAGAAUGAAAAUAAACAGUCUCUAAAAUGCUUGGAAUAACAAAGAAACUUUCUACUCCUCUACAGCUUGGAUCCAGGUGUAUAUUCCGAUGGAGUGGAGCCAACCUGGAGAAAGCCAUGGCACCGGAUCCAGAGCAGGGUUUCAGGCGUGACCAUCCCCAAACCUUCGACUCUGCUGAGUGGGCCAUCCCAGAGAAUGAGAUUGACAUGGCUGUGCCUCAGUACAAAGCACCUGAUGAGCGAUUGUUGUCCAUUAAUUUUGGUCCACAGCACCCUGCUGCGCACGGCGUACUGCGCCUCAUGUUGGAGUGUAAAGGAGAGCAAGUUUUCAAAGCAGAUCCACACAUUGGCUUACUGCACAGAGGAACUGAGAAAUUAAUAGAAUACAAAACUUACACUCAGGCUUUACCGUAUUUUGAUCGUCUCGACUAUGUCUCAAUGAUGUACAACGAAUGGGGCUUUUGUCUAGCAGUUGAGAGGAUGCUAGGUAUUGAGGCUCCAAUCCGAGCCCAAUACAUAAGAGUGCUGAUGGGUGAGAUGACACGAAUCCUGAACCACAUAAUGGCCGUUACAACUCACAUUUUGGACGUCGGAGCGACCACGCCCUUCCUUUGGCUAUUUGAGGAGCGGGAGAAGAUGAUGGAGUUUUACGAGCGUGUCAGCGGAGCUCGAUUACAUGCCGCAUACUACAGAGUGGGUGGUGUUGCACAGGACCUUCCAAUCGGUUUUAUGGAUGACGUGUAUGACUGGAUGAAGAACUUCAGUGAGAGAUUGGACGAUGUUGAGGAACUGGUCACGUACAACAGAAUCUGGCGAUCAAGAACAGUGGGAAUCUGUCCCAUCACACUGGAUAAUGCACUUUCCUGGGGCAUGAGCGGAGUCAUGGUACGAGGGUCCGGAGGGCGGUGGGACUUGCGCAAGUCUCAACCUUACGACGCCUACAAUCUCGUAGACUUCGACGUGCCAGUCGGAAGGCACGGGGAUGUAUAUGAUAGGUACAUGUGCAGAAUGGAGGAAAUGAGACAGAGUAUGCGAAUCAUGCACCAGUGUAUGAACGACAUGCCAGAAGGGGACGUGAAGGUAGACGACGCUAAAGUCUCGCCACCCUCCCACGAGAUGAAAAACUCUAUGGAGGCUCUUAUUCACCAGUUCAAGUUCUACACUCAGGGAUUCCAAGUUCCUCCAGGAUCUACUUAUACUGUAGUUGAGGCUCCCAAGGGCGAGUUUGGUGUGUACAUGGUAUCGGACGGCAGCAGUAAACCGUACCGUUGUAAGAUCCGGCCUCCUGGUUUCUAUCAUCUAGGUGCAAUGAAGGAUGUUGCUAGAGGCUUCUACAUCGCAGAUAUCGUCGCUAUCAUCGGCACGAUGGAUUUGGUAUUCGGAGAGGUUGACCGUUGAAAAACCAACUCUUCAUCUAACCAACCUCUUCACUCUCAGCUGUUGCCUCAGACUCUAUUUAUUAAUGGGAAAGUACUGAACUUUAUAAUUUACCGAGUUUGCGUCUGCAUAGUUAGUUAAGUUUCCCGGCUCUUGAUUAAGGGUAAAACAAUUUGAUCAGCCUAUCUCUCUUUUUGUGACCCUAAAUGGAAGUUUUUAAGGCUUUGCUUAUAAUGCAAUGGGAGCCGCAGGGUCCUGCCGCGAUUAACUUUUUUAAUAAUAUCUUAAAAAGUGCAAUAUAAUUCAUCUCUGUAUAAUUAUAAAGCUUUUUGAAGUAAAAGUUCUUAAAGGUGGAUUCUGAGUUUUAGAGGUAACCAUGACCACCGUCCACCAUAGCAACAUAAAUGCUAAACCAUAGCUGGUUCUCUAGCAACCGAGACUAAAAUCAGUUAUUCAUUGGAGAAUAUCGAUUUUUACAGAAAUUAAUUAUUUUGCACCGUUUAGGAAUUAUUUUAAAAAGUAAAUCGCGGCCACCCCGUAUUAUAGACAACCCUUCGAUAGAUAAUAAUGCUUCAGUUUUUCGGAAUGAAUUCCGCUAGACCCUCACUGGCUUCAUUUAAUUGUUACAUUAACUGAUGAAGAAACUAUUAAUGUGGUAGCUUCGUUAAAUUUUUGAUUCAUAUUUUUUGUAUAUAAGAUAAUGUGUUUGUUUUAUGUCCUGAUAACUAUCAUGUAGUGACUGAAAAACGGGGGCUUGCUAUUCAUAAAAGUAGCUUUUAUCUAUGCGUAAACUUACAGUCUGAAACAUAAGGAUAAUAUGCAUUAUAUGGUCAAUAAUAAAUAAAUUAAAGUACAAAGUAUAUUGAAAUUCUGGCUCAUACCCUAUUUCUUGCAGCAUCAACAGAGGUCUUGUAACUGGAGGCUAAGCUACAGCUCGCAUUAAAUGUAACUACAAUCGCAAGGCAAAUAUAUGUCAGUAACUGAACUAAGAUCGUUCUAUUAAAUAGGGGUUCGUUGACAUUUUCAU